UGUUUUGCACGGAACGCUGAACGCUCUCAAGUAUCCGAAUAAAAGACACGAUCUUUCCAUCGAAGCCGGAUAAUUGUGCAAAAGUGGAUUGCGGAUAGUGGUCUUACUUGUUUGACGGACGGUAAAUAAGUCAUUCACGCGAAACAGAUAGCGGAAAGUCGAUAGGCAAGCGUAUAAAAAUAAAAAAGUGAGAACGGCUUUCGGUAUAAAAUUCGUCCGUUCGACCGAUUUCGAUUUAAUACGAAUCUAAUUGCCAUCGAAUAAUUUUCUUGAAACAGCAUAGAUUAUUAAGGAUAUAACGUGAGACAUUCAAAAACGUGUCAGCUAAUUCUUAGUCGCAAUUAUCGUUUUUAUAAGAUUGUCUGAGAUGUCAUAAUUUCGCUCCCCACUAUUAACUGGAAAUCUAAUGAAGUGAAACUCUCCUUAUCAACCAAUUAAAUAAAAAAUUACUAGGAAUCGCCUACAAACAAAAUACAUUCAGUUAUCGUAUAUAAAGCCAGAAUUUUGACAAUAUGCUGUCCAAGCCCUUUUGCAACAGCUGGAAGAAUCUGACGAAAAUGUCGCGACGAUCUGACAGUAAGAAGAGUUUCUUCAGAUAUUUCAUUGAUGGCAAUUCGCUCAACUUAACUUCGAUUCAUUAUCCGAAGAUUAAUCGUUUUGUGCAUUUCUUCGCAUCAACUGUACUUACGAUCGAAAAAGGCAAUAAGAUGCUGCAUGCUGUGGAUAUUUGUAAUUCACAAAUGUCAAAAUUUAUUGUAACUCACGCCGCGAAAGAUCCAGUAAUUAAUAAUGGAUAUGAUUAUAUUGGUAAAGUACCGUUACUAAACGCAUGCACGAUAAAAAUUUCAUCGAAACUUCGCCAUUACAUCGAAGAAUGUGCCUCGCUUUGCUGUCCUAAAGAUAUUUAUAUAUGCAAUGGUACAGACACUGAAUAUAUGCAAAUGCUGAAAAUUCUCCAGAAAACUGGAACUAUCGAGAGCUUGCCUAAAUAUGAAAAUUGUUGGCUAGCAAAAACUAAUCCUGCGGAUGUGGCACGCAUCGAAAAACGUACAUUCAUCUGCACAGAUUUAAAAAGCGACACUAUUCCUACACCACGUAAAGGUAUAAUUGGAGAACUUGGAAAUUGGAUCUCUCCGAAUGACAUGGAACAAGCUAUCUUAGAACGGUUUCCAAACUGUAUGAAGGGACGUACCAUGUAUGUGAUACCCUUCAGUAUGGGUCCCAUAGGUUCCUCGUUCUCAAAAAUCGGUGUUGAAAUCACUGAUUCAAUUUAUGUAGUUUGUUCGAUGAGAAUAAUGACCAGGAUGGGAGAAAAGGUGCUCGAAAUUUUGGGAAACGACGAUUUCGUUAAAUGUUUGCAUUCAGUGGGCGUUCCAAAACACAAUUCAAAGAAUAAUAUAAAUUAUUUAUGGCCGUGCGAUCCUGAGAGAACGAUCAUCCUUCAUAAACCGACAAAUAAUGAGAUUGUAUCUUACGGAAGUGGUUAUGGUGGAAAUUCUUUAUUGGGAAAGAAAUGUCUCGCGCUACGAAUUGGUUCGACGAUAGCCAGGAAGGAGGGCUGGCUUGCUGAACAUAUGCUUAUAUUGGGUAUCACAAAUCCUAAAGGCAAAAAACGAUACAUCGCCGCUGCUUUCCCGAGCGCAUGCGGUAAAACGAAUCUAGCCAUGAUGCAACCUACUCUACCAGGUUAUAAGAUCGAAUGCGUAGGGGAUGAUAUUGCAUGGAUGAAAUUUGAUAAUGAAGGAAACUUACGUGCUAUUAAUCCAGAGAAUGGAUUUUUCGGAGUCGCUCCUGGUACAAGUUCGACUACGAAUCCUAAUGCGAUGAAAACUAUCUUCAAAAAUACUAUCUUUACCAAUGUAGCAUCUACUAGUGAUGGAGGCGUAUAUUGGGAAGGAAUGGAGAAGGAAAUCGAUGAUAAUAUCAAGGUGACGGAUUGGAGAGGUAACAAUUGGUUCAAAGGUUCCAAAGAACCAGCUGCUCAUCCUAAUUCAAGAUUCUGCACUCCAGCUAUACAAUGUCCGAUUAUCGAUUCUUUUUGGGAAGAUCCAGCCGGUGUUCCAAUCGAUGCUAUAUUAUUCGGGGGUCGAAGACCGGAAGGUAUACCUUUGGUUUAUCAAGCCAGAAGUUGGCAACACGGCGUUUUCAUUGGUGCUGCAAUGAGAUCUGAGACUACAGCUGCUGCUGAACAUAAGGAUAAAGUAAUCAUGCACGAUCCAUUUGCUAUGAGACCCUUUUUCGGUUAUAAUUUUGGAUACUAUCUCGCCCAUUGGUUAGGCAUGGUGCAUGUGAAGAAUGCCAAGUUACCAGCAAUAUUUCAUGUAAAUUGGUUUAGAAAAGAUUCAGACGGAAAAUUUUUAUGGCCAGGAUUUGGUGAAAACUCUCGCAUUCUCGAUUGGAUCCUUCGAAGGAUCGACGGCGAAGACAUUGCUGAAGAAUCAGCGAUUGGCUUAUUACCAAAACCAGGAUCUAUCAAUUUAGAUGGUCUCAACGAUGUAAAUAUGGCGGAAUUAUUUAGACUUCCGAAAGAUUUCUGGCAGAAAGAGGUUGAAGAUUUGAAAGUAUACUUUGACGCUCAAGUGGGAAAAGAUUUACCUGACGCUGUAACAAUAGAACUUACUCGUCUCUCUAAUAACAUUAAUAAUCUUUAAUUUCC